AGGAACCAUCGACGCUUAUUCCGGCGAACACAACCAGGCUCACCUGCUGCAGCAGAGCUGGAGGACAGCGAGUGGGUGAGCGUCUCUGAGGUGCUUGCGGAGGACCAGCGUGACCGAAGGGCUCAUCUCUCAGUAUCACACACGUUUCCACGAUGAAUGGUCUGAGUGUCGCCACAGCGGUCCAACACUUCUGGAGGAGACGGUGUCUGGAGUCGUGCGCUAGCACGGCUUUUUAAAGCCUACCAGCCACCAUAUUUUCAGGGGCGACGGACCCCAUCAGGAAGCACCGACACUUCCAGCUCACCUUGCCCGGCGAUGGAGGUCCGCCGUUAGAGGCUUGGGAGCUAGGGAGGGUCGAGGGGGAGGGGGGGGUCGGCCGCAGUUUCGGCAAAAUUACGACGGGAAUCAGGUACAGCUCCCUGUCUCCCGGCAACGGGAGAGACCAGCGGGCGCUCGUGAUGUCUCGUGCCAAGGAGCGACUGAAAGGCGGGAAGGAGACCAAGGACAGCGUCACCCUGCUGCCCUGCUUCUAUUUCGUAGAGCUCCCUAUUCUGGCCUCCUCUAUUGUCAGUCUUUACUUCCUGGAGCUGACGGAUAUUUUCCAGCCGGUGCAUUCUGGGUACAGUUGUAAUGAUCGCAGUCUAUCUCUGCCAUACAUCCUCCCAAGACAGGAAGUCUGUCCAUUGCCUUUGCUCUUCAGCCUGGCCUUCGCUGCACCUACUGUCACUGUGUCCAUAUCUUUGGCCUGUGUGUGACAGCACUGAUAACAGACAUUCUUCAGCUAUCCACUGGCCAGCAUACUCCCUAUUGGCUGGAUGUAUGCAAACCUAACCUGACCCACCUUAACAUGUCCACCUGCGAUGAAGCGUUUAUCCUAGAGGAUAUCUGCUCUGGACAGGACAUAGGGCUCAUCAAUGCUGGCAGGAAAUCUUUCCCCUCCCAGCAUGCUACGCUGGCUGCCUUUGCUGCUGUCUACAUCUCAAUGUACUUCAACACGGUGUUGACUGACUCAGCUAAGCUGCUGAAGCCUCUCCUAGUGUUCUCCUUCGCCAUGCUGGCCAUCCUGUCUGGGUUAACCAGGAUCAUCCAGUUUAGAAACCACCCUGUUGAUGUAUACUGUGGGUGGGUGCUGGGAGCUGCCAUUGCUGUUUACCUGGGUGUGUAUGCCGUGGGGAAUUUCCAGCCUAGUGAAGAUUGCUCCGGGAGUACACAACCUGCCCCCAUACUGAGAGAGCCACCCCUCUCCUCCUUGCCCAAUGUCAGCCAGUCAGCAAUUGGCAACAGCCACCAAGGCCACCACACACUGGGUCCCAGCCAACCAGAACCUAUUAUUACAAGGACUUCUUCCCACCCCUUAGUCCCAGAGCAAACAGGACCCAUGCUAACGCGUAGCGCCUCCUGUCGAGAGCCGUCUAUGACCAAUAUGAAGAGAGCCAGUGCUGAAGUGGAGGUGAUAAGUCCGUCCAGUCCGUUAGGCAACCGUGACAACAUGAUGACCUUCAGCAGCAGCACACUGCCAAG